AUGGAACUCUUCAUCUUUGCUCUCCUGGUCGCGGCCAAGGUGGUGUCCGCCCACUUCGAGCUUCAAUACCCAUACUGGCGAGGCGACUCCUUCCUGCCACCAGCAUCUCAGUAUAUCUUCCCGUGCGCAAACGUCAACACAACCACCGAAUCCAACGCCAACCGCACCCUCUGGCCCCUCGACGGCGGAUCCCUGGUGAUCGACUUCCACCACCCGUGGACCUACGUCUCGUUCAACCUGGGCUUCGGCUCCGACAUCGCCACCUUCAACAUGUCCCUGAACCCGAUGCUGCUCAACGAGACCGGGAACGGAACCAUUUGCAUCCCCAAGUGGACACUGCCCGCAGAUCUGGGGAUCGUCGACGGCAUGGACGCUUCGCUGCAGGUCAUCACCGUCGGAGACAGUGGGACUGCUCUGUACAACUGCGCCGACAUCAGAUUCAGCGCCAACGCAACGACCUUGUCCGGCGAUCAAUGCCAGAACUCGACCGGCGUCAACAUAUACCCGCUCGUGCAGCAGCAGGCAAACGGAUCCAUUGCGGGGGCUCAGGCGACGACUACGGUCACGGUGACCGCGAGUGCAGCUGGAGCUACCUCCUCGACUAAUGCCGGAGGCAAGUUGAGCGUGCAACACACGGCAGGUCUUUCCUGGGGCAUUAUUUUCGCCCUCGUCGUGACAUUUGGACUUGGCUUCUAG